UGUUCAAGGUUGGGAUCUGUGAGCUUCCAUUUCAUCCAAUCAGCUCAGAAGUGAUUGGGGGAGUUGGUGGAACAUGUGUUAUUGGUGGUUGUGUUCCCAAAAAGAUUUUGGUGUAUGGAGCAGCUUUUGGAGGUGAAGUUGAGACAGAUGAAAUAAUCAGAUUGAACAGUAUAUACAAACGCUUAUUGUCAAAUGCUGGGGUUAAAUUGUUUGUAGGGGAGGGAAAGAUUAUUGGUCCAAAUGAAGUUGAGGUGACACAAUUAAAUGGAAACUAAAUUGUUCUUUUCUGCAAAGCACAUAUUGAUUACAACUGGCAGCAGGGCCCAUUGUCCUGAUAUCCCUGGGAAGAGGUUUUGAUGAUGAAUGAGGGCAGUGCUUGCAAGAAAUCUGGAAGGAAGGGGUAUUAAUCUGCAUCCAGGGACAAAUUUGUCAGAGUUGAUUAAAACAGAGCGUGGUAUUAAAGUUGUUAUUGAUCACAAGAGUUGGUGGCAGAUGCAGUGCCCUUUGCCACUGGUAAUUACCAUCCCCUUUUCAUGCAGGAUUCCAAAUACAAAGUGGUUGAAUUUGGGAGCUGGGGGGAUUGAACUUGAUCAAACAGGAGCUAUUAAGGUGGAUGACUACUCACGCACCAACAUACCCAGCAUAUGGGCAGUUACGAAUGGAAUGAAUCUUGCACCUGUAGCAUUAAUGGAGGGAACCUGCUUUGCAAAAACUGUUUUUGGUGGACAACCCAGCAAACCAGACUGUGGCAAUAAACCCUGUUCUGGUUUUAGCAUACCACCACUUUCCACUGUUGGGCUUAGUGAAGAACAAGCAAAAGAGCAGGCAAAUAGUGAUAUUCUGGUCUUUGCAUCAUCCGUCAAUCCAAUGAAGAACACAGUAACUGGGUCUGUAUUGAAUUUAAUUGUGCCUCUCAUGUUUCUCUCCAAACGGCGAGAAAAGACUAUAAUGAAGCUAGUUGUUGAUGCUGAGAUGGAUAAAGUUCUUGGGGCACCCAUGUGUGGGCCAGAUGCAUCUGAGAUUAUGCAGGAUACAAAUACGGCUGUGUUAUGCUGUUGUAUGGUUGUGACUUAUCUUCCGCCUUGGUUAUCAAACCUGCAAACAGUGAAGGCUUGUGUUUGCGUUGCCAAAUUUCCAUAUCAACUUUCAGUGUAGUGCUGUUUGUUUCAAUUUUCGUUUGUAUGUGUAUGCAUGCUUGUGUUUUCGAAUCCUGGUAGUUAUUUAUAUAUAUAUAUGUUAUUUUUGUUGGGAAUUGCCAUUGCACGUAAAUGUAGAGUGACGAAGCCCCAAUUUGAGAGCACGGUAAGCUGAAUAUUUCUUUGGAGAUUGGUGACACAUUUGAUGUGAAUUCUAUAUAUACCAUUCAAGAAUAUAAUCCAAUAUUAUGG